AUGACCGCAGAGAACGAAAGGGAAAUAUAUCAUAAAUUAGAGGCCAUGAAGGAGAUUCGAAAUAAAACCAUAACUCUGGAGCGAUUGAAGCGUAGUAUAUUGAACGAGGUGCGGUCAGGCGACCAGGAGGGUCGCUGUCUGGCGCAGUACAAGCGGGAGAUGGAACUGCUGCAGCAGGAGAAGAUGAGCCACGUGGAGGAACUACGGCAGAUACAUGCUGACAUUAACGCUAUGGAGACUGUGAUAAAACAAACGGAGGAGAGCAUGUCACGCAAGCUGAGCAGCGCGGCGCGGCUCCAUGAAGACUACCGGCCGCUCAAACACGAGGUGGACCUGCUGCGGAGACAGUGCCUGGGGCUGGACCGGCUGCCCGAGCUGCACGAGGAGGAGGGCAGCCCCGUCACGCCUGAUCGUUUCCCGGCGGGUCUGUCGGGCUCACGGUCCCUGUCCGUGGGCGCGGCCGUGGGUGCGGUGGGCGCGGUAGGGGCGGCGGGCGCGGGCUCGUUCCUGGCUCCUGCUCCCCGCAAGCCUCCUCCGCCGCCGCCCGCGUUCAGGUCUGCUCUCGACCAAGAUUUCCUAACAGUCUCGCUCAGACAGCAGCCGCCGCCGAUGAAGUCCUGCCUGUCGUGUCACCAGCAGAUCCACCGUAACGCGCCCAUCUGUCCUCUGUGUAAGGCGAAGAGUCGCUCCAGGAACCCGAAGAAGCCGAAGAAGAAAUGA